AUGCGUCCGCUCGGCUCUGCCCGGGCUGCUCCAAGCCGCAUCGUGGGUGCCGCCACCUCCAUCGCGCUGUCAGUCCCGGGCGCGCUCUCGCCUCACCGCAGCCGUCGCGUGCUGAUAGGCGCGGCGUCCCGUCAGUCUGGGCCUCGCUGUGGCCAUGAUGAAGGUGCGGUUUGGGCGCGCGGCGAGGUGGUGGUUGUGGGGUUGUUUUUUUACCUUGCGUUGCACACGUGGUACCAUGCUGGGCUUUGCUCCGCCGCCGCGCUAGUGCUGCUGCACAUCACGAUCUACGUGUCGCCGCUGUUCGUGGCCUACUGGAGCCACGGUUUCUGGCUGAAGCAGAGCUCGUACCUGGAGCAGCCCACGGUGCGGUUCCAGUACGAGCUGCUCCUUAUGGCCACCACCGAUCCCAGCCCGGGCAGCUUCUUGGCGUGGAACACAUUCUCAGCGUUCAACAGGCUGCAGGGGGAGCGGCUGCGGGUCCUGGUGCUACUAAGAGAAGACAACAAAAACCAAGAUGGCAAAAUGGAUCAGUUGUAUUUUAGAUUGGAACUUCCACUACAACCUACAGAGCAUGUAGUUGGUGUUCAGCUAAUUUUACUCUUUUCCUACCAGCUUUAUAGAAUGUCAGCGCUUGUGAUGCAGAGCAUGGCUUUUCUUCAGUAUUUUUCUCCUGUGCCAGGGUCUCAGCUCCAUAUAAAUGGAGACCUGAAACUGAACCAGAGGCAAUUACUUAACCAUUGUGGACUGGAUACCAGAUACAACGUGUCUGUGGUCAAUGGCACAAGUCUCUUUGCAAGUGACUAUGAUCUAACAAACAUCAUUGCAGCAUAUUGGGAUAGAUAUGUUACAACAGUCUUUUCAGAUCCCAACCCUGUGUGGAUGGCUGGAAGAGCAACAGAUACACCAUUUACCAUUAACACCACUAUUCAUUACCCAGUGGAAGUUAUCUUAUAUCAGCCAGGAUUUGGAGAAGUGAUUAAAUUUGCCUGGAUCCAGUAUGUCAGCAUUCUCCUUAUCUUUCUUUGGGUGUUUGGUAGGAUUAAAAUGUUUAUGUUCCAGAAGCUGACUACAACUCCAGUAACACCAGUUUUGCCGGUGUCUCCAGUACUGUCCUACAAACAGCACCAGUCCUGAGGAGAUGUCUGAGAACACUUGAAAGAAAUGCAGUUCA